AUGUUCGCCAUGCAAGAAGCGGAAGCUCAACUGCGAGAUUCCAGUAGCCCCGCCAAGGCCAAUGAUCUAGCCCAAAAUGCUGCUGAAUUGAUAUUCAUCACGGGAGAUAACACAGUCGUGUCAAUUCUAGAUGAAUUAGACCAGCAAACCGAUGGUAUUGGAAACCAUCAGACGUUGUGCAAUGGUCCAUUCCAUGUAUUUCAAGCCACGGAAAUGCUAUCCACUACUCAACUCGAAGCCCUUUCGGAUAUCUUCGACCCAGAGCUCUGGAAUCCUAGUCUAUCAAAUGUUGCCGAGAUGAUGGAUGAAGAGAACGAGUACAGUCCUGAUCCGCUUGCAAAAACACCAGAGUUCCUGACUAUGGAAGAUCGCUUAGCAUCUGAGACAUUCAUCUUGGAAAAUAUUGACUUCGUGUGUCCAUCGACUCCCGCGGCUACACAAUCUGUUAUUUCCCUCCCAUCAUCUCCCUCCCGCUCAUCUGCAUCAGAUCUGGAAGAUUUUACUAUGCCACUUGCCAAAAUACUCCUUGAUCACUAUCGCCAUACAAUGGUGACAUUUUUCACUCCUGCUCGGGUUGAGGCUAAGUCACCAUGGGAAGCCAUCUACAUCCCCAGCUUGCUCAGCACGGUGGGCGAAAUCGGGUUAGCGGGAGACAGCAGUAAUGCAAAGGUCUCCUUACUAUUCGCAGUAUUUGCAAUUAGUGCUUUUAGCCAAAACCAAAGCUCUUCCCUAACGGAGCGAGGGUACCAAGAUUGGAACGCUCUUGGGGAAAUGUAUCGUGAAAGAGCUUCCAGACGAUUGAAACGAUCGCUCUUCGAUCUAUCUCAUGACAGAGCAAAGAAGGAGAAAUACAAGGAUAUUCUGAUGGCACUUCUGAGCAUGGUCACUAUCUGUGUGGUCAGUGGGAAGAUGGGAAAUGCGGCUCAUUACCUACGAGAUAUUGAAGAGAUCAUUAAUUUGCAUGGAGUCCAAAAGGUUUCCCAAUCGUCAAAAGUGCGCAUGCUUCACAGUAUCUAUCUUUAUCUUCGGGUUGUGACUGAGCGAACUUGUAUCGAGGGCCGAUCUCAGCCGAAUAUUUUCGAAAACUCUAUGACUAUGUCCAUUUCCUCAUCAGCUCAAGACAUUUCUAGUUGGGAUCGUCUCAUCGGGUUCUCUUCCCCUUUGACUGAGGAGAAUUUUAACUUGGAUACACCGUCCAAAUCUACGUUUGAGGAAAUUUACUCAGCGCCCCAGUCGUUGUUUAAAUUGAUCCUCCAAACAACACACUUGUCGGUAUUAAUUAACAAAAUGCAAAAGUCCGGGACAUAUAACAUCGACCACGGUUCAUUGUCAGGGCAAGUGAAAGAUCUGGAGAGCAGGAUUUGCUCUUGGGAAUACGAGCCCCAAGGCAACCUCGGGCACUCUGCUCACACUCCUUUGCCGCAGAGAGAGAUUUUCCCAUAUCAUUUCGUGCAGGCAAUGUAUAAAGCGCUGAUUGUUUAUUUUUACCGCAGCGUCAGAGAUGUAAACGCUGCGAUACUGCAAUUCUACGUUCAGGAGAUAAUUGAUCAUCUUUUCGAAUAUGACAAAAAGAAACAGAAACACAAGGAUCAAUCUGCUAAUACUUGUUGGCCUGGGUUUAUCGCAGGAUGCGAGGCACUCAAUCCUAAACUCAGAGAGCAGAUCUCCGAUUGGCUUGAGCGGUCUGGUCGAUCUACUGGAAUUCGCAUGUUUAUUGUGGCUCUGGAAGCUUUGCAGAAAGUUUGGCAGACUCGAAGUCUUCCGGGGAUGCAGAACGCCCCUUGGAAUCAAGUCUUGGAGGAGUUUAGUGAGCUAAGGGUACUUGUACUGAGUUGA